UAGAUUCAUCUGUGAGAAUAUUUAUUGAGCAGUAAUGUGAGAGAGUUGAAUCGACAAAUUCCUUCUUUUUUGUAAAUUGAGUCCCUGUUGAUUUGGUUGCUAAGUGGUUCUUGUAGCUCGUGGAACCAUUACAUGUAGUAUUGUAUAUUUAUUGUUGAAACGGAAACGAUACUAGCUUCAAUAUGACUCAUUCAAUAUCCUCUGAAAAGCAUGAGCGCAAAUUGGUUAAAACGACAAUCAACUGUGAAUGCCAGACUCUUUUCAGAGACUCAGAGACACAAACACAUGUAUGGACACCAGGAUAUGUUGUCAAGUCUGGAGAUCCAGAAGUCCUCCAACUCACAGACUUUUAUUAUGGGAAAAAUUUACCUGCUGGACGACAUGAAGUUGAGAUUAUAGAAAGAAUGCGAAAAAGAAAAGCAUGGGACAGAUAUUUAUCAGUAAUAUACACAGACGACAAUCAAGACCUACGCUCCAAAAUCAUAUCUGACAUUGAGAUGAAUGAAAACAUGUUCAGAGAAAGGGAGUUUGAAUUAGGAAGCGUACAUAGGUUGACCCACGCGUAUGAUAUGAUAAAGGAAUUUCAGGACAAUAUGGAAGAAAGGAAUGAAGAAAGGCUGAAGUUGGUAAUGGAGAAAAAUGAAGAAUUGAAAAAUAAAACAGCCAAAAAGCUCCAUUGUCAAAAAUCACGAAUUUAUAGGAAAAUACACAAAAAAUUGCUUGGCAUUAACAUGAAGUACCAUAAGACAUCAAUUUUUGAAGAAAUUUGUGAUGAAACAUCCGAUCUAUAUGUCAAUAUAAUGAGAUUUGGUGCUAACCCAAGAUAUCGACAUGAAAAUCUUGUGCCAGAAGCAACCAAAGCAAUCCUAGAAAUCCCAGAAAAAAAACAUACGGCGUCUAAACCGAGAAAGAAAAUUGAAGUUAAAAGUCAUAACUGCCAACAGAAAUUGAUGGUGGUAGGCAAAGAAGAAUUUAUAGCUAUGAAGCCGACAUUGGACAUCAGCAAAAAAGGAAUGGGUGGUAAAUCUCCAGUUACUGGAAUCACUUCAUUCAAAACAACGCAAGAUACUGAUAUAGGAAUUGUUCCCGAAAGGCCAUUUUUGGAAAAAGUUUAUCAAGCAACUGUACUUUUCCAAAGACUUAUUCGAGGGAGAGCUAUACAAGCACUUAUGCAAAUAGGGGUUGAGAGAAAUCGAGAUUUGAUUGACGAACUUAAAGGUAGUUUUGGAUUUACACCAUCAGAUGAAGAAGAAAUUAAUUCCCAACGAUAUUUGAAAAUGAGCGCUUUCCGAGAUUAUUACUGGCUGCUUAGAAAGUUUGGGAUGGUGGCCACUGUUAUGAAAAAACUUACUGGAGCGACUAUAAAUUCAUUAGCAGACUUUGCUAACAAAGAAUUAAUGAGGAUUCAAGAUGAGAGACGAGCUUAUAAGAUUGUACAAGUAGCUGAAAGAGCAAGAUGGAGAAGAGAAGCGGCAGAAAGUGGGAGAAGGCAGAAAGAAAUAAGGCGGCGUCGUCAGCAUGAUGAAAUGUACAGACAGGUUAUGAGAAGCAAUGAAAUUACGACAGACUUCUAUUUGAAACUUCUCACAGACAGUGCGAUUCGCACUGUGAGCAGAGAACAGGCGCAUGAAAAGAUGAUAGAAUAUGCAGAUGAAUUGGAUAAAGAAGACAAAAGACAGGCCCAAGAAGAUAAAACACAAAUUGAAAGAGAACAAAUGGCAGCUGAGAUCGUACACAGUUUUCUCCUUCCUGAAUCAGAAAAGGAAAUUGUACGGAAGCGUAUUGCACAACAACAAGAAAAAGCAAAAGAUUUUGCAAGACGAGUUCUAUACGGAAAAUUGGAAGGAAGAAAAUUCUCCACUAAAAAGGAAACAACACUACUUGAAGAUUUAUCUGGUAAUAUCGAAACUUUAGAAGAAGAUGAUGAUGAACAGCUCAUGGUCCAAACAGUACCAGAAGAACCAGAAGCCCCUGAAGAAACGCCCAGCAGUGAAUCAUUUACUGAAAGUGAUGAAGCAGAUCUCGUUCCUCUUCCGAAAGGAGUGAGAAUCAAAGAGUUUGAUGAACUCAGCAUUGGCAGCUAUGGUUCUUUACUAAAACAAUUUAAAGAAACAUCUUCAAGUGACAUAGCCGCCGAAGGGAAGCCCUAUUUUGGAAGUGAUGACAGCAGCGUUGGAAGUCGGGAAACUCCCCCAGUUAGCUGCUCACUUUUGCCACCUAUUUCAAUUUCAGUACCAGCUGGUGAUACGAUGAAGGACAUGACCCAAGGAAAUCCAACUAAAGCAUACCAAAAAAAUUUAGAAGAAAUAAAAGCACGUAUUUUGAAGUCAGGGUUGGCAUUCAAUGUUACUAGAGAUGGUACAAAUUUUCAUACAAAAUAAAACUCAUUAAUUAUUAACGAGCAAACA